ACUGCAACACGGCAAAAAUAUCCUAAUUAAAGUUCAUCCAUAGAAUGUUUUUAUUGCUUGUCUUCUGGUGCCUACAAAUCGUAUUUUUAUUCAAUACGUUAACGGUUAUCUCGGGAAAGAUAACAGAUGCAGAUAAAAGCACGAGCGCUAAAAUGGCUUUGGAAUCCUUCCUCUUGAGAACUUUAAGACCUGACUUCGGCUCACGUCUUGUGUUCAUCAAUGAGUCGCAGUGGAAGGAGCAGAUCGAGACACUUGUGAAGCCCCUAACGACCAAUCAAAUGGAAAAAUUAAGUUGCAGAAGGCGGUGUGGAAGGAAACGAAGGCGUCAUGAUUCUAAUGAGGGUUGCUUUUGUGAUGAAUUUUGUAAAAGCUUUGGUGAUUGCUGUUUUGACUUCGAUGAAUUGUGUAUAGUACCUCAAGUAUCGAUGGAAACAUGUGUCAGAGAAUAUAACUAUUGGGUCCCGGAUCGGUUGAUUGGUCGCGCAGUUUGGAGCUCAUGCCCGAAGAACUUUACAGAUGAGAAUACAAAGCAAAAAUGUCAAGGCAACGAUGAAGAUGAGAUUGGUUUGAACCCUGUACCAGUGUAUGACAAAUACAGUAACGUGACAUACAAAAAUAUUUUCUGCGCCAGGUGCAAUGGAGCAUUGCACACAGCAUACUGGGAAGUCAGUUUCCAGUGUUUUAAGUGGUUCGAUGUUUCCAACCUUAGUCUAAGCAAAGACUUGAGACUUUUGCAAGAUCGGUGUUAUCUUCAGAAAAUUCCAGUUGAUGAUUCCUUGAAAAGAUGCAUCCCAUGGCUUCGGCUUCCGAUCAAAAGCGAUCCAACGAUGGGUAAUACCCUUUGCAAAGCAGAAUGUCUGAGUUACGCUCUUUUAGUAGUCUCCAGGAGUAGAUCGAAAUUGUUUCGUAACCCUCACUGUGCCUUUUGCAAUGGAAUUGAGCUCAGUGAUAUAGUUUUUUUGGUGCAAGAUGACAACUCUUCUCCGCCACAUUCCUUCAAUACACCCCCUGCCCUAACAAUUCUGUUUGAAUUUACCUCCACAUCUAAGUUUUGUAUCAAAACAGCAGACCAACACAAAAGAUCAGAAGAUCAUCCUACUACCUGUCUACACGAUGAAGCGCAUGACUCUGUACAUCGAAACGAAAUCAAAACAUGUAAACUUAACUGCACCUUUGUAGCGUACAACAAAACGGAUUAUGAACUCGUUCCCAAUGAUCUCGUAUUUUUGAAGGCCCAUGGGAAAUAUUACAGUAACGUUUCUUAUAAGAUUUGUGGUGAAAAAUUGUUACUGUGCGUUAAUUUUUCAAAAACUUCCCCUGGAACUAGAAGUAUUUCAUUUGAGCACAAAGAAAACUAUAAAUUUCUUCAGCUUUUCAGCUUUAUUGGGGCAGUCGUGUCCAUCGUUUCUCUGGUUUUAUUGUUAGUGACUUACGUCUUAUUUGUUGAGCUCCGUAACUUACCAGGGAAAAUCAUGUUAAACUUGGUGAUCUCUUUGUUGCUGUAUGAAAGUGUAUUCCUCUCAGCUGGCAAAAAUGACGAUCAGUUGAUCUGCCUUGUGGUCGCCGCUCUUUUUCACCUCUUCGCCCUUUCUUCCUUCACGUGGAUGAACGUUAUGGCAUAUGAUGUGCAUCGCGCUUUCGCAAAAGUCUCGGAUCCGGCGGCAAACCGACAAGAGGACUCCAAUAAACGUUUGAUGUGUUACUCCCUGUACGCCUGGGGAGGUCCUGCUAUUGUAGUCCUUUCCUGUGUUACAGUUGACCAGGUUAGGGAAGGAGCGAUUGGAUAUGGCCUUGGAAAAGAGGGCUGUUUCAUAUCAGAGAAUAAAGCAAAGAUAUUCUCAUUCAUUUUUCCUGUUGGACUGAUUCUGAUUUUCAACCUCUUUGCUCUGGGACACACUAGCUUUCAUAUCCUCAAAACCAGAAAGACGGCCAGAAAAGUGACUAAGCAACAGCAAAGCUCUAACGUGGCUUUAAUCUGUGUUAAAAUGGCCUCAGUGAUGGGUGUGACAUGGAUUCUUGGGAUUGCUGCGAACCUAAAGGCUCUUUCAUUCCUGUGGUACCCGUAUGUUGUUCUAAACAGUCUUCAAGGUUUCUUCAUCUUCCUGUCCUUUGCUACAACUGGGAAGGCGUUGGAGUUGUACAAAAGCAAAUUUUCCAAAGUACUUAAGAAGCAAGCAUCACAGGUCAGUGAAGAAAGAAUGAGAAACUUGAAUCCCAGGGAGCAAUGCAUCUGCCGCGGAGCUGAAAACCAGGAAACUAAUAUCACGCAAGUUUAGCAGUGUCGCUGAUUACAGAGCGUUUUCAAAUGCUUCAUAUGAGAAACUGUGACACAUAAGCAACUUCGACAAUAUUCUGGGAAAAGGAACAAAAUAGUGUUAAAGACAUAGGCUCGUCUAAUUUGGGCCGUCCUUUUUAGGCGAUCAAGGGACUUUGAAUGUUCCUCAUAGGUGCUAUUGUUUAAGUAAUCAAAUCUUUCUUUUCUCGUUAAAUAGAAGCUUUGGUUUAGGUGAUAUUUUUUGCUAAAUUUAAGAUUUUUAGAGUGCGGUCGUAUGAGCAAGAGUGAAACUGUUUCAAUAACAGACCCUCAAAGUCUAGGACAUUAUUACUAUUGCUCUGGUGAUGACGACAGUCUUAAGGAGAUAACAACGCUAUCGUUUUUCAGAUAAACAAACCUCUUAGAUUUCAGUGUUAACCAUUCACAAUGGCCGUUUGAAUCUGCACGAAAUUCGUCUUAAGCCAUACAUAAAAAUCACCUGCGGCUUCUGAAACCAUAAUUCAUUGACCCGGUGGUGAUUGCAAUUUAUUGCGUAACCUUAAUGUCGUGUAUUGCUCUACGUCACCACAAUAAGGACAUUUCUAUAACUGAGUUGCACUGUGAUAUCACGUUGCAGGUUAAAAGAGAAACAAACUAAUUGUACCUGUGUUUAAUAACA